UCAACAUCAGGCAGUGGCCAGUCCGGUGACAUACGGCUACAACCAUGAACUACCCCCUAACCCUGGACAUGGACCUCAUGAACUACAACCUGGAGGACCUGUACAAGGAAUUAGGCAGCUACAAUGACAGUACGGAGACCCACACAAUGGAAAAUCACCUCUGCUCCACAGCUGAGGGGCCCCUGCUGACCUCCUUCAAGGCCGUGUUCGUGCCUGUGGCCUAUGGCCUCAUCUUCCUCCUGGGUAUGAUGGGCAACAUCCUGGUGCUGGUCAUCCUGGAGCGGCACCGGCAAACGCGCAGCUCAACCGAGACCUUCCUGUUCCACCUGGCGGUGGCCGACCUCCUGCUGGUCUUCAUCCUGCCCUUUGCUGUGGCCGAGGGCUCCGUGGGCUGGGUCCUGGGCAGCUUCCUCUGCAAAACCGUGAUUUCUCUGCACAAGAUCAACUUCUACUGCAGCAGCCUGCUCCUGGCCUGCAUCGCUGUGGACCGCUACCUGGCCAUCGUCCACGCCGUCCACGCCUACCGCCACCGCCGCCUCCUCUCCAUCCACAUCACCUGUGCAACCAUCUGGCUGGCGGGCGUCUUCUUUGCCUUGCCAGAGAUCCUUUUCGCCAAGGUCAGUCAACCCCAUUACAACGACUCUCUGCCACACUGCACCUUCCCCCAGGAGAACCAGGCCGAAACCAACGCCUGGUUCACCUCCCGCUUUCUCUAUCACAUCGGAGGAUUCCUGCUGCCGAUGCUGGUGAUGACCUGGUGCUAUGUCGGGGUGGUGCACAGGCUGUGCCAGGCCCAGCGGCGUCCUCAGCGGCAGAAGGCGGUCAGGGUGGCCAUCCUUGUGACAAGUGUCUUCUUUCUCUGCUGGUCACCCUACCACGUUGUUAUCUUCCUGGACACCCUGACGAGGCUGAAGGCCCUGGGCAGUAGCUGUGAGUUCAAUGGCUAUCUCUCCGUGGCCAUCACCAUGAGUGAGUUCCUGGGCCUGGCCCACUGCUGCCUCAAUCCCAUGCUCUACACGUUUGCCGGCGUGAAGUUCCGCAGUGACCUGUCGCGGCUUCUGACCAAGCUGGGCUGUGCCGGCCCUGCCUCUCUUUGCCAGUUCUUCCCUAGUUGGCGCAAGAGCAGCCUCUCGGAGUCAGAGAAUGCCACCUCCCUCACCACCUUCUAGGUCCUAGCCACCCCCCACCCCCUUGUUUCUGCUUUCCUUGGGGCAGGCAGUGAUGCUCGAACUCCUUCCAACAGGAUCUGGGAUCCUAAGAGCUCGCCUUGGCCAGUGUCCUCAUAUGGGGCAGCUGGAGGAACCAACCCCUCUUUCCAGGACAACCCCGCCAGCUCUUCUCCCAGCCCCGGGUCUAGGCUGGGGUCCAGGGAGGGGAAAGCAGCCCAAGGGCAAAGCAAAGGAUACCUGUGCUCUUCUGCAUCAUUUUGGGCUGAGAGGACCACACUUACCUUCUCUCAUCCUAACCAUCCAAAGCUCAAGAAAGAAAUUUUCCUUCUGCCCCCGUCGAUAGGGAAAGUCAUUCCCCUUCCAGAACGUACUCCAUCAUCUUAUGGACCACCGACCUCCACAACCACCCACCUCUCCUCCCACCUCACCUGCCAAAAGUAACAAGCAGCUGAGCACCAGGGCAUAGAUGGAGGUUAAGGCUGAGGAAAGGCCAGCUGGCAGCAGAGCGGGGCCUUAACAUGUCUCAGUGCCUACUAAGCACAGACAUUCUUUCAGGUCACCAGCCCUGCAGCAUCUUGACCAAGCAGGAAGCUCAGGAUGACCCGGUCCAGGUGGCUGCCCCUGGCUCUGACCAAAAUGGCGCCAGGCCAGCCCCAUGUCACUGGGCCCUGGGAGGUCUGCAGCCUGAGGCAGACUCCAGGUGCCCUCAGAGACCAGCCAGCAUCCUAGAGAAGGACUAAGGUCAGCAGAGAGGAGCCCAACCAAGGAAAGGAAAGAUUCUCCUUCCCCAGCUCCAAGGAUGAACAAGUAUUAACCAAAGCCAGCUGUCUUCUCUGCCCAGGGUGGAAAGCUCCCAGGGCAGGCCAAGGACAGCAGGGUCCAGGGCCCUGGUGGGUCUGGGCACCGAUGCGGAAGGGGACAGAUGCGUUCUUCCCUUCCCCUCUCCCCGCAAACUACACAGCCAGGAGAAACUCCUGGAGCCACAGAGAGAAUCUGACCGCGGAGCAGAGAUGGAGACCUCCCGAGGAAAGAGACCUAAGGGGUCCCUGGGGGUCAUCUCAUCUAGCCCCCUGCCUGCAGGCCAGGCCAUCUCUCUGGGCCGCAGCAAGAGCCGCGAGGCAUCCCCUUGGGCUGGGCAGUGUGACAAGCAGGCCUAGGCAGGGAAGUCCCCGGGCUCCAGGAAGCUGGGCCCUGCCCCGAGAGGAUACUACUCAGAUGGAACCAGAGGAAGCUGCUCCGCGCCUGCCUGCCCCCUGCCCGGGGAGGGCUCUCCCUGCCUCCUCCCCAGCCUCUGGUCUGCCUAGAAUGGGACACCAGGGACCCCUGCAGCUGCUGAGGGCGCACAUCGGUUGCCCAGGCCCACUCAAGCCAGUCAGCCCAGGUCCCUAAGAGGCCCCCGCAGGGGAGAUCAGAGCUGUGACCCAGGGGACUAGGUCUUCACCGUGGAACACCAGGGAAUCCCUGGGGCCCCUUUUUCGUCCCAGCACCCAAUAGUAAGCUGGGCAGCGGAGGAGCCAGACACAGAAGCAAGACAGCAAGAAACUGGAUUUUUAAUUUUCUCUUUUUAAUAAAAAGGCACCUAUAAAACAGGUCAAUACAGUACAGGCAGCACAGAGACCCCCGGAACAAGCCUAAAAAUUGUUUCAAAAUAAAAACCAAGAAGAUGUCUUCA